AUGAAAUUAAUGUCAAGCAUCGAAGCAUUCGUGGAGAAUUGCUAUCAAAAUAAGCAAGAUCAAAUGCCGGAGAAGACUAUAAACAAUGUGCUUAGGGCAAAUUCAAAAAAACUAGACAGUUUUAUCAACCAACCGUCUUCAUCGCCAGGCAAUAAAGUGAAAGAAGCGCAGAAAAUGGCAAAAGGUGUUAUCGACUUCUACGCACUAUUAUUGUCUGAUUUCUUUAAUCUUUCUUCACCGUUCGAAAGGUUCACAAGAAUACAUUUGUUCCGCCCAUUCCGACUCGGUCGCCGCUUGCUUUUUUUGACGAAAAUUGUAAUGGAGAUGUGUGAAUGUGUGAAUGAUAUCAAUGUCGCUGCUGAGGCUUCUGUUGCCUUGUCAACGCUUAUGGAACAAACACGGUGGCGAUUUGUAGAAGUAUUAUGUGAUACAUGGAUUAUGGAUGCAAAGAACUUUUAUUUGUUGGAAGACCGGACAUUGGACCCAGAUUACUACGAUUCUGAGGGCCUUUCACGCAUUCCAUAA